UUCAAGUGGCCUCAAAAGCCCCCUCCCCACCUCUGCCCACUGUACCUCCUGGCGCCUUUUGGAGACUACAAAUUCACACCCCACGCCCCAGUUAUCCCUCAUGUUCAGUCUCCUCUCCUCUCCUCUCUUUCUCUUCGCAAACAAGAAUCUCUAAACCCCAGAUACUAAACUCUCCUGUCUUUGCUCAGCCUCCAUUUAUUCUUGGCGGGUCUCCUGCAACUUCUUGUUUCGUAUCUGCGAUAAAACUCGUAUAGCUAGCUUAUGCAAUGGCAACUAUGGUCUGCCAGGGUUUGCAGUCUUGCCUCGAGUCCCCUAUUGUCGAGUCAAGAACACUAAGACUUAGAUUAUCUUCACCAAAUCCUAACUUCUCCCAACCCCUUGAACUGGCCUUAAAGUCUUUUUUGUUAGAUUCUGACACCAAAGAAGUCAGUGACAAAUCCCACUACGAGGAAACUAGCCACAAAAGUAGCUUCCUUCAUGAUAAGCACACAUCUGCAAAACCUGAUUUGGGUGGCUGGAGCUUCCUCCAAGUUCUAUCCACCAGUCCUGAAGGUCCCAAAGAAUCAAUGGAGAAAGAAAAUAUCUACGCCCACCCUCUAUUCAAUCGUUCCUCUUCAGUGCUUAGUGAAAAGAGCCUGGAAUUAUGUACGGAGAGUUUAGGUAGCGAAAGUGGAAGUGAUAUCAUUGAAAGCAGCAUUUUCUCACUGUCUUCAUCAGACUCAAGAGUAGGAGAUUCUCCAGCAAGGGAGCAACAGAAAUCGCAUCGACUUUUGGGAGCUAAGAAAGCGAAUUCUCGUAGUUUUCCACCUCCAUUGACAACGAUGCGUGGAUCAAAAUCUCUACAAGUUAGGCCCCACCGCGAAGAUGGAAGGUUGAUAAUCAGAGCCGUCGAGGCUCCAUCAAGACACACUUGCUUACAUGCUGAAAGAAAGGAUGGCCGCCUUCGAUUAAGCUUUGUCAAAGAUUCCUCUUCUGUUCUUGACUUAAUAGGCGUAGCCUCCACUGAAGAAAAUAAAGGCAAUAACAAAGAAGAUGAGAUUGAAAAUGACAUGGAUUAUGAUGUAGAUGACUUUGAUGUUGGGGAGGGAAAUGUUGCGUCCUCUGAAGAAGAGGUGGGAGGUAAUGAUUCGGACAUUGAUACUGAACCUGGAACGGAGGAGUUUCAAAGACCAAGGAGGUGCAAAGAAGGCGAAGUAGAGAACAAAGGAUUGUUAAACUGGGAGCCUUUUUGGGUGGCUACAUUAUAAAUUUUUUAUCUUGGAUCUCUUAAUUAUAAUAGUCAGAUUCUCAAUUUUUAGUUUGUCCCUUCCCCCUUUUGUUCCCUCACCUUUUGCGAAUGGAAGCUUUUUUCUUUUCUUUU